UUCCACGAGUCGAGCAAGCGAGUGGGCGUCCAUUUUCCUUCGCCAUAUUGAAUUUGGUCGGACAUCUUUGGACGCCAUGUUUAGUCGGACAUAUUUUAUAAACAUUUUCGCGUAAAUUUCAAAUAUUUUCAGGCACUAAAUAUUAAACUUUUUUUCAUUGAAGUGUAUAGUAUUGAUUGCAGUGAAUAUUGUCCGGAAAAAUUCUGUGCCUGCGCAAUAGUCCAUAUUUGUCUCCUGGGGACCGUGGAGCUUUUGUUAUAAGCUAAAUAAAGGGCCCCAAAAUGAUGAACCAAGAGAUAAUGUGUGAAGUUGAGAUUGGGACACAUGGUGGUAUGGUAGAAAUAGACAAUGAUGACCAGGUGGGAGUUAAGUAUGAAGAAAUAGAAACAGGUCAAUAUGAAGAGUAUAUAACAGAUGAUCAAUAUGAGGAGGUUGAGGAGCAGGUUAUUGGUAUGCAGCAUUUGGAGGAGGAUUAUAAAAUUUCAGUUGGCAAUGAAGAAGUGAUAUUACCCGGUAUAUCGGGGGAGGAAGUCCUGCACCCAGUCGCUGACAACCCUUAUGAACCAGUGUAUACUGCACCACCUUCUACAAGCAAUUCAAGCAGAGUCCGAGGCCGCGGUCGUGUUAACACAAACAACACUAAUACCAUACAUCAUCUGAUGCCCAUUGGUGAAGUGCCGAUGGGUCUUAUGGAAGGUGUAAAUGCAAACCGCAGCGCGACCAGACGAUGGGAACAGAAACAAGUACAGAUCAAAACUAUGGAAGGAGAGUUUUCUGUCACUAUGUGGGCCACGGGAGAAGAUGAUGAUGACGGAUCAAAUCCGGAGCCAGAUCCUGACUACACGGAAUAUAUGACGGGCAAGAAGACUGUUAUAGGCAAUGAGGCAAUGCCAGGUUUAGAUCUAUCAGACCCAAAGCAGUUGGCGGAGUUUGCGAGACCGGGACACAAGAUAAGACUAAAGAAACCCAUGCCAGAGUCAUCUGAUAGAACGAUAGCGUGUCCACACAAAGGCUGCACGAAGAUGUUCCGCGACAACUCCGCCAUGAGGAAACAUUUGCACACGCACGGACCACGAGUUCAUGUCUGUGCUGAAUGUGGCAAAGCGUUUGUGGAGAGUUCAAAGUUAAAGCGUCACCAGCUGGUGCACACGGGGGAGAAGCCCUUUCAAUGCACAUUCGAGGGCUGCGGCAAGAGGUUUUCACUUGAUUUCAAUUUAAGAACACACGUGCGCAUCCACACUGGUGACCGGCCCUACGUAUGUCCCUUCGAUGGCUGCAACAAGAAGUUCGCGCAGAGCACCAACCUCAAGUCCCACAUACUCACACACGCCAAGGCCAAAUCAAGAAAUUCGUUAUCACGUAAUGGAGGCGCCGCGUACGAGUCUGCGCGAACGACGCCGCAGUACGUGCAGCUGGAGGUGUCUCCGGACGACUCCAACCCACAGCUCAUCUUCUACACGCACGAGUGAAUGUGAACAAAGUGAUGUGAUGUGAUAUAGACACGUGAUUAGUGAAUAUAUGUCUUGUUGACAGACUUGUAAAUAUAUUUAGUGACAUGCAUUUACAACAUUUGUGAAUAAAUGUCCAAAAAAGGAUAGUGAAAGAAUCUAAAAGACUGCGGAUAUGAAAUAGUGUGAUAGUGUAUAAAUAGGUUACGUAAUGUUGUUAACGAAGCAAUUUUUUGUAGUCAUUUUCCUACGAAAGUUCCAAACGGCGGUAGACCUUAAAUUAAAUGGCCGCCUGAAUUGCUCUAGCUGUUAGUGAAUUGUUUAUCAUUUUGCAAUGCCAUAAAUGGAUACAAUUGAACCUGGAUAAAUAAGA